GGGAUGCCCGCCGCCUCUCUGGUGACCCCCGCGGAUGUCAUCAAAACGCGGCUCCAGGUGGCAGCCCGGGCAGGACAGACCACCUACAGCGGCGUCGUCGACUGCUUUGUGAAGAUCCUCCGGGAGGAAGGUCCCAAGGCGCUGUGGAAAGGAGCAGGAGCUCGCGUGUUCCGAUCCUCGCCUCAGUUCGGGGUGACUCUGGUGACUUACGAGCUGCUGCAGAGGUGGUUUUACAGCCCGCCGCCUCGCGAGGGCUUUGCAAGCGCUGCCGCCGCCACACGACCCGGGAGAAAACCAGCCGGAUCAGAGCCAGUUCCUAAGUCUCGGAUCACGCUCCCUGCUCCUAACCCCGACCACGUCGGUGGUUACAAACUGGCAGUUGCCACUUUUGCAGGGAUUGAAAACAAGUUUGGACUUUACCUACCUCGGUUUAAGCCAUCGCCACCUACCUCAAAGGCUGCUGCAGCA